GGUCGGUCAUAGCAGUCUGAUAAAGUCGUUCGCCAACGCCGUAUCUCUAUAAUAAUAAUUAUUAUUGUGUCCAUUAGUUCUUCUACUUUGGAUCGGACCAUGGAUUUAACUCAGAGUGACGCGGGGCCUUUCAAAUCUGCCACGAACUUACUUCCGGAGAAAAGUAAUUUACCUCCUAGCGCCAGUCGCUCGGUGCCAUUGCCAGACUCCAGCAUAAAGUUCGAUCCCGAUGGUUUGUAUUACGACAUGUCAGGAAAGAAGGAGAUCUUAAUCUUUAACCAUAGUAAAUACGAAGAAAAUGAUUUUUAUGGGAAGAAACCUCCAGAUGAGCGAACUGACCAUUUAGCAGAUUAUGACAGACUGGAAAAAGUAUUCUCAUUUUUUGGAUUUAAACCUUUUUAUUACGAAAAUAAAACGUAUGACGUGAUUAAAAGGACAAUCAAAGCUAAAGCUGAAGAAGACCACAGCAAGACAUCAUGCCUGGCUGUUGCAAUCAUGACACACGGUUUCCAGAGAGGAAUACUUUGUGCUUACGACAGAACCUACUAUUUGGCUGAAAUGGUUUGGUUACUCGAAAAUGGGCACUCUUCUCUGAUCCAUAAACCGAAACUCUUCUUUAUUCAGGCGUGCCGUGGAUGGAAGGUUGACCCUGGUAAAAUGACGCAUUGUGAUGGACCAAACAGCAAGGUGCUUCAUGUGCCCAGACAUGUAGAUUUUUUUAUUGGGCGUUCAACAGUAGAAGAUUAUAGGGCUUGGAAAUACAUUGAAGGGGGAUCUUGGUACAUAAGAGAACUUUGCCAGAUCUUUAUGAAUCACUACAACCAUUUGGAUCUGGACCAGAUGAUGACACUGGUCACUAGGAGAGUCGCUUACGACCAUAAGUCGAAGACACUGAAAGCACCUGAACUAACGGGCAUGAAAGAGACACCUGAAAAAACAUCUACAUUAACAAAGUUAUUGAAAUUUUCGCAUUGCAAACCUUACGAUGGCUAAGAUGGCAUAUACGCAUUAGAUUACAUGGCUUGGAAAUAUGUUGAAGGGGGAUCUUGGUACAUAAGAGAACUUUGCAGCAUUUUUAUGGAACACUACAACGAUUUGGAUCUGGAACAGAUGAUGACACUGGUCACUAGGAGAGUCGCUUAUGACUAUAAGUCGAAUACAGAGAAGCCUGAGCUAAGGGACAUGAAAGAAACACCUGAAAAAACGUCUACAUUAACAAAAUUGUUGAAAUUUUCACACUGCAAACCUUACGAUAGCUAAGUUGUUGUACAUGUCGCCAUAAAAUAAUGAAUUCCGUCAGAUUAUCAUCUAACCUAACCUAACCU